GGGGGAUUUGGCAACUGGCACUGCAGCUGCACAGUGGGAAUUGGAGCUCUUUGAUAAGGCAGAAGAGGCACAGAGAUAGAGAAGCUUACAGAACAUUAGCCAUGGCGUUCUCUACACCUGUUAACAACUACUCUGUAGUUUCUUCUUUUCUUUAUAGUAAUUCUUCGGCGACGCAAAAGAGAGCGAGACGGUUUAGCAUUUGUGCCAAGAACAAAAGCAACGCCAGUUCGUUGCAGUACAGAAAACUUGGGGACUCUGACCUUCAAAUUUCGGAAGUUACGCUUGGAACGAUGACUUUUGGGCAACAAAACACCGAGGCAGAAGCUCAUGAACAACUGAAUUACGCUUAUGAGCAUGGAAUCAAUAUUAUAGAUACCGCAGAGGCAUAUCCAGUUCCAAUGAAACAAGAGACACAGGGAAGGACCGACAUUUACAUUGGUAACUGGCUCAAAUCAAAGCCCAGAGACAAGAUUAUUUUGGCGACAAAAGUCUGUGGAUACUUGGAGCAAUCCAUUUUUUUGCGUGAAAAUGCGAAGGCCAUACGGGUUGAUCGUGCCAAUAUCAGAGAAAGUGUAGAGAAAAGUCUGAAGCGGCUGAACACUGACUACAUUGACUUACUGCAAAUACACUGGCCAGACCGGUAUGUUCCCCUAUUUGGGUCUUUUGUUUAUGAUUCUUCGAAAUGGAGGCCAAGUGUGCCUUUUAUAGAGCAACUGAAGGCAUUUCAGGAACUUAUCGAAGAAGGAAAGAUACGCUAUAUUGGUGUUUCAAAUGAAACUUCAUAUGGAGUGAUGGAAUUUGUUCACGCAGCAAAAAUUGAAGGAUUGCCAAAGAUCGUUAGUAUCCAAAAUAAUUACAGUCUUAUUAACAGAUGCCGCUUUGAAGUCGAUCUUGUUGAGGUUUGUCAUCCAAACAACUGCAACGUUGGUUUGCUUGGUUAUUCUCCUUUGGGUGGUGGAACGCUUAGUGGCAAAUACUUGGAUGCCAAUUAUCAAGAUUCAGGAAAAGGAAGGCUGAACCUCUUCCCCGGCUUCAUGGAUAGAUACAAUAAAUCUAUUGCCAAGGAUGCAAUAACUGAAUACGUGCAGUUGGCCAAAAAGUAUGGCCUAACUCCAGUACAGCUUGCACUUGGGUUUGCUCGAGACCGUCCAUUUAUGACGAGUUCUAUCAUUGGCGCAACUUCCAUGGACCAGCUUAGAGAAGACCUCGAUGCUUUCACAAUGACCGAGCGGCCAUUGCCUGCAGAAGUGUUGGAAGACAUUGAAGCCAUUUUCCGAAGAUACAAAGAUCCAGCUAUCUAGGAGGGACGAGGGACUACCCUUUUCUUAUCGCUUCUUGUUCUGGUGAAUGCUUUUUGUAUUAACUCUAAAUACAUUCAUUAUGCAUUACAUUAAAUAUGAAAAUUAUUUGAAGUUCAUUCCAAUUAGUUUC